AUGCUAAAUACAGCACAGAUGGGGGGGGGCGAUCCGAGUAAAGCCAUUAUUCCGUUUUUCGCGAAGAAGAAGCGCAGAGUUGGAGUUGUUGAGCAAUGGCAGAGCAAGAGGGAGAUGGUGGAGGUGUUUGAGGAUUAUAUUGACACACCCAGCAUGAAGACAGUGGAGGCUUACAUGUGCACCGCAUCCGACCUUUUCACUAGACAACAAACCAGUGAAGCCGAUGGGAUGAAAUACGAACCUUACCCUCGAACCGGUCCCGAUCUUGCAGCGCUCAUCAACACCUUCAAGAUUCGGAUCGCAGGGAACCCCAAGUUCGAGUCCAAGAAGUGCUCUACUAUCGACGCGGCAGAUGGAGGCGAGGUGGCAAGGCUGCAACGUCUCAUGAGAACCAACUGGACACAUCGAUACCAGGAGGAGCACCACAAGCGCUAA